CACAACUUGAUGACAGGCAUUGUGUGUCGCAGUCACCGCUGUGAGGACAAACCAAAGGAAGAGGCACGUUGUUAUUGCGUUUAUUUACUGAUAUUUUAUAGGACACGUAUUUUAAAAACUCUUUCUCAAGAUGUCCAUAUUUACUCCUACAAAUCAAAUUCGACUGACUAAUGUUGCAAUAGUAAGGAUGAAGAAAGCUGGCAAAAGAUUUGAAAUCGCUUGUUAUAAAAAUAAGGUGAUAUCAUGGAAAGAUAAAAUAGAGAAAGACAUUGAUGAGGUUUUACAGACACACACUGUAUUUACAAAUGUUUCAAAGGGUCAAGUGUCUAAAAAGGAAGACUUGAAGAGAGCUUUUGGUACAGAAGAUCAAACAGAAAUAUGUAAAAUGAUUCUGGCAAAGGGAGAGUUUCAAGUUUCUGAAAAAGAGCGACAUCAACAAUUAGACGCAAUGUUCAGAGAUAUUGCAACAAUUGUAGCAGAAAAGUGUGUCAAUCCAGAGACUAAAAGGCCAUACACUGUCGGUUUAAUUGAGAGAGGAAUGAAAGAUCUUCACUUUUCAGUAAAACCAACACGAAGUACAAAACAACAGGCAUUGGAGGUAAUUCGGCAAUUGAAAGAGCAAGACAUCAUGAAAAUAGACAGAGCUCAGAUGAGAAUUAAAAUCAGACUUCCAAAAAAGGAAGCUAAGAAAGUCAAAGACAAAUUAACACCACUUAUCAAAACAAUUGAGCAUGAGGAAUGGGAUGGAGAUUUAGAAAUGGUGUUACUGAUUGAUCCUGGUUGUUUCAGAGAGAUGGACGAUCUUGUCAAAUCAACAACGAGAGGACAAGGUUCACUUGAACUUCUGAGUUUAAAAGAUGUAGAAGAAGGCGAUGAGAGAGUGGAGUAAUUUUGAUUUGAAAUAAAUAACUUUGAAUAA